AUGGCGGCUCCGCGGACCCUCGAAAUUUUGGCCUCAGUGCUGCGCGCCGCAUCUGAUAUUCUCCCAGCGCCAGCCCGCGCUGUGCCCAUUCCUGCCGAUUUGCCGCCUGAUCGCUGUCGCACCAGCCGCGCGAUCCGCCUGCCCCGCUGCAUUCCCAUGGAUUCGCCCGCCAGCAUGGAGGACGCGCCCAUCGUCUACGUCGGCCACCAUGAGACCCGCCGCAGCCAUCCCGUGACGGAGCUGCUGCUGCGUCAGGCCCAGGACCUCGGCUAUGAUAUGCUCACGGUGCCCGUCACCAACGCCCAUUUUCACGACCGCGUCCUGAACCUUCUGUCCAAGCACUUCGCUCGGUUGGAGGCUCAGCCUGCGGACGAUCUGCCGCUGCCGCUGAUCGCCCCCAUUACGCCCGACGACACCAUCCUGACCCCCGGUGACACUAUUAACCAGCUGCUCGCCCUCUCCAGCCCGUGGAUUGAUCUUGCCUCGCCUGAUCCUGUCAUUGCCCAUGUGUCCCGCCAGGUCUUUUCGCAGGAAGUUGCUUAUGCAUCCUUCUGCGGCAUCGGCAACAUCAUCGUCCAGGGCCCCAAGCUACACCAUGGCCAUCUUCAUGCCACUGGCGUGUCUCAGUUUGCACGCUCCAUGCUGGAAGCCCUGGCUGUCGGUCCAUACAUCAACAUUGUGAUCCUGCUGCCCAUGGUUGAUGAUCCCAAUGUAGAAUCGAAUGAUGACAUGGGGCACCUUGCUCCCUUUGCCCGCGAAAAGUACGUGAAGGCAUCGGACGCUAAGCAAAAUGCCGGGCUUGACCUAUUCGGCACCUGGGACGCGUGGAACAUCAUCAGAACUGUAUGUAAAUACAACUCGAGGCUCUCCGUAGCCUUGGAUUUACCCCGUCAACUUCCACCCGUUUCUGUCCAAUCCCGGUGGUUCUCUGAACCGUUGCGCCUACUUUCAAUCCCCGGCUCCGCGUUUCUGAAGAACAAGCGAGGCUACGAUGUUCUCCCAGUCAGUCACCAAGCGCUUCUCACCCGCUAUACUCGCCUUCGCGCCACACCAUGGCUGUUGCUCUCGGACAUUGGUCCCAUUCCCGGCGUGGAUGAUGACGAGACCCUCAUGACUAUGCCAAAUGGACUCCUCUCGGCAGAAGCUGGCUCGUUCACGCCUGGAUUCAACCCUCAACCCGAGCCGACCCCUGCUGAGGCCGCCAAGGUGCCGGCUGGCAAACAAAAGCAACAAGCAGACCCGACUCCCCACCUCAGCUACAUCCGCCACCUUCAGAAGAACCAGCCGCCCAAGUCACAGAUCGAACGCUUCGGCUCUGGCUACCAAGACUUCCUUCAAUCUCCACUGCAGCCUCUGACUGACAAUCUCGAGAGCAUCACGUACGAAGUAUUUGAGAAGGACCCGGUCAAAUACGAAUGGUACGAGCGUGCUGUCGAGCAAGCGCUGCUGGACUGGACUGCGCAGAACAAGCAGGGUUCCGGUCCGGACGGCAAGGUUGUCGUUGCUGUCGCGGGAGCUGGUCGUGGCCCUCUUGUGACGCGCUCGCUCAAUGCCUCGCGCAACUCGGGCGUGCAGAUCGACAUGUGGGCGGUGGAGAAGAAUCCCAACGCAUACGUACUGUUGCAGCGCCACAACCUAGACUCUUGGGCUGGUCGAGUCACGGUGGUCAAGUCCGACAUGCGGUCCUGGAAAGGUCCGCACCGCGCUGACGGCUCACACGGCCACGUCGAUAUCUUGGUCUCCGAGCUGCUCGGCUCGUUCGCCGAUAACGAACUGUCGCCGGAGUGCUUGGAUGGCGUGCAGCACGUCCUCAACCCUACCCAUGGGAUCAGCAUCCCCGCCAGCUACACGGCACAUCUCACACCCCUUUCCGCACCCAAGCUCCACGCCGACAUCAACAACCGCGCUCUCUCCGACCCCACCAGCCCCGAAACACCCCACGUCGUCAUGCUCCACCAAAUCGACUACCUUUCCACCCUUCCCGCCGCUUCGACCACCAGCGCCCCUGCCUCGCCAGUCGCCAACGGCAGCUACGCCGCCGCAGCCAAUAACGGCGCAGCGGCCGCGUCCAAGGGCGGCUCACCGGAAACCACCGCGCUCACCCCCGACGUCCAACUGGUAUGGGAGUUCACACACCCGCUGCCAGGCGCGGUGCUGGCGCAGGCGCGGCUCCGCGAAGGCGGCAGCGCAGCCGGGGGCGCGGGCGGCGCGACGGGCGGCGACGGCGCCAACGAGCACAACGCGCGCUUCUCGCGCAUGUCGUUCCGCUGCGCCAAGCGCGGCGUGUGCCACGGGCUCGGCGGCUACUUCGAGGCGGUGCUGUACGCGUGCGAGGGCGAGCAGGCGGGCAGGUGGGGCCGGAAGAUCGAGCUCAGCACGAACCCGAACACCAUUGAUGAGAAGAGCAAGGAUAUGAUCAGUUGGUUCCCGAUAUACUUCCCGUUGAAGGAACCUAUCUACAUUCCCGAUGACUCGGAGAUUGCGGUCAGCAUGUGGCGGCAGACGGAUGAUCGGAAGGUCUGGUACGAGUGGUUGAUCGAGGCGUUUGUAGACGUUGGCGGCAAGAAGCUCAGGGUUGCGGUGUCGGACUUGCACUCGAGCAAGAAGAACGGCUGUUUGAUGUAG